UUCCUGGGCAAUUGUUGCAGUUGGAUUGCUGGUUCUGGUUUUUAUUGCUCUGUUGGCUCGUGUUCUUGUCAAAAGAAAACCACCAAAAGACCCGCUGUUUUAUGUUUACGCUGUAUUUGCCUUUACCAGUGUAGUAAAUCUAAUAAUUGGACUGGAACAGGAUGGAAUUAUUGAUGGAUUCAUGACUCAUUACUUGAGAGAGGGUGAACCGUACCUGAACACAGCAUAUGGCCAUGUGAUCUGCUAUUGGGAUGGCUCCGUUCAUUAUCUGAUGUAUCUGUUGAUGGUGGCAGCUAUUGCAUGGGAACAAAGUUACAGAACCAUUGGCCUCUACUGGCUAGGUUCUAUUAUCAUGAGCAUCAUUGUCUUUAUGCCUGGAAACAUUGUGGGCAAAUAUGGAACAAAAGUGUGUCCUGCUUUGUUCUUAAGUGUGCCAUAUAUUUGCCUUCCCAUAUGGGCUGGGUUCCGAAUUUAUAACCAACCUUCAGUAACUCACGAGACUCCAGCCAAGGUGGUUCAGGAAGUCCAGAAGAAAGGACUCUUAAGACGACCAAUAGAUUUAAUGUUAGCUGCAUACCUCAUUCUCGCAACGGGGUUUUGCAUAUUUAGGGGCAUGAUGCUGGCAUACAUGUUCUACUCCGUGCCAUACUAUGUGGUUGCUCUGUAUGGCCUGCUGGUGCCCGGCUGUUCCUGGAUGCCCGAUUUGACUCUUAUACAUGCUGGAGGACUAGCUCAGGCUCAAUUUUCCCAUAUCGGUGCUUCUCUUCACGCUCGAACUCCUUACAUCUACAGAGUCCCCGAAGAAGCAAAACAGUUUUUUUUGGUAUUGAACGUCAUGUAUGGGAUUCUUCCCCAGCUCCUGGCUUACAGGUGUGUCCACAAGCCCGAGUUCUUUAUGAAAGCAAAACCGGAAGAAAAAACGGAAUAGCACAACCGUUUCCCGCUCCUCUUUUUGGCU